AUGACUACCCCUACGCUGAUCAACCUCCCUCCUCCUCCCUCGGACCCCGUCACCCCGUCCGACAUGGGACCAGGAACCCCCAACUCCGGAACCACCUCCCUCUCCGCGCUGUCCACCACGGCCAUCAAAGACGGCCACCAAGGCCAACCAUUCCCCCACGGCCGCCACGCCCACCAGUCCUCCUCCGCCUCGGCCUCUUCAACUACAACCCUCGAAGCCGAGCGAGCCGACCGCAUCUCCCGCCUCGCCGGCCUCGAACGAGUCGCCACGGCCCGUCAAGGACCCACCACCGCCCCAUCCGUCCCCCACGGCCCAGGCUACUUCGACGGCCACGCCCUAAAAGAGCGCAGCACAGUCGGCAGCGCCAGCGCCACGGGUAGUUUCGGCGGCCACACGACCUGGACAUCCAGCGAUACAUAUGAAGCAGACAAGAUGAGCGAAGGCCCCGAUGCAGAUGACGGACAGUCCAGCGUCGGCAAUAUGAGCGAUGAAGGGAACGCUAGUCUCGUGGGCUUUGGAGAAGGCGCGAAUAGUACCAUUAGCGGUCCGGUGUCGCGGCCGCCAGGUGUUAGUCGCAUCUCUUCGGGUGGGCUUGCUAGACCUACUUCUAUGAGCUCGAAUGUUGGGAGACUGAACCCGCUUGCUUCGUAUAUUCAACAGCAGGGCCAACAGGGGGAUUCGAUGAUGGCUGCUUCACCGACGGGUUCGACUACACCCGAGCCUGUUACGGAGGAUGCGCGCAUGGUUGAUGGCAUGACUUUUGAUUCCGAUGUCGUUGAUACCACGGCGAGGACCCCGCGGCUGGCUACUCCCAACCAGAGUAGUGGUGGGUUCGAUUUCCCGAGUCGGGAAUAG